AUGAGCUGCCUGGGGUGGCUCAAGAAGAGGAAGGGGUCCGGGAGCGGGAGGCGGGGCUCCUCGGCCUCGGCCCCGGCCACCACGAUGACGACCAUGACCAACACCACGACCACGACGACCACCACCGGGUCGGCGGUGAGCACGAGCCGGUCGGACGACUCCGGGGCGGGGCGGCCCACCAGCAAGUCCACGGGCUCCGCCUCCUCGCAGCGGAGCAUCUCCUCGCUCUACGAGGAGCGGGGCCACGGCCAGCUGCGGGCCUUCGAGUACGACGAGCUCCGGGCCGCCACCAACGACUUCGGCCGCGCGCAGAAGCUCGGCGAGGGCGGCUUCGGCGGCGUCUACAAGGGCUUCGUCCGCCCGCUCGACCCCCGGGCCGACCGCAUCGCCGUCGCCGUCAAGCGCCUCAACACGCGCGGCCUCCAGGGACAUAAGCAGUGGUUGGCAGAAGUACAGUUCCUUGGAGUUCUUGAGCACCCAAAUCUUGUAAAGCUUCUCGGGUAUUGUGCCGUUGAUGGUGAAAGGGGAGCCCAAAGAUUGCUGGUCUAUGAGUACAUGCCCAACAAGAGCCUGGAAGAUCACUUGUUCAGCCGAACCCACCCUGCUCUCUCGUGGAACAGAAGGCUUCAGAUUAUCUUGGGUGCCGCUGAAGGAUUGGCUUACCUCCAUGAAGGGCUGGAACUUCAGGUGAUCUACCGGGACUUCAAAGCGUCGAACGUGCUGCUGGACAAGGACUUCCAAGCAAAGCUAUCAGACUUCGGGCUCGCGAGGGAGGGGCCAACAGAAGGGAACACUCACGUCUCAACUGCGGCUGUGGGGACGCACGGGUACGCGGCGCCGGAAUACAUCGAGAAGGGGCACCUGACGGCGAAGAGCGACGUGUGGGGCUUCGGGGUGGUGCUGUACGAGCUCCUGACGGGGCGGCGGUCCCUGGACAGGAACCGGCCGCAGGGGGAGCAGAAGCUGAUCGAGUGGGUGGUCCAGUUCCCGCCGGACAGCCGCAACUUCCGCAUGAUCAUGGACCCCAAGCUCCGCGGCGAGUACUCCUCCAAGGCGGCCCGGGAGAUCGCCAAGCUCGCCCAGAGCUGCCUCCUCAAGAACCCCAAGGAGCGGCCCGCCAUGAGCGAGAUCGUCGAGGUGCUCAGGCGAGCCGUGCAGACCGAGGUGGCCUCUGUGCCAGUGGACAAGGCACCCAUCGCCGGCAACGGGAAGAGGGUCAACGUGGCGCCGCCGUCGAGGAGGUGA